AUGUUUAGCAGAAACCUCGCUAGAGCCAUUCAAGGGCCUAAAUUCCAGUAUCAACUUCAACAACGCUGUUUUUCACUUGGUGAUUGGUUUAGAUCUUGGAAAGAUGCAGCUCAGACACAACGUUUAAUCUACCCGCCUCCAGCAUCACAUUUCACAACGAAGAAUAGAAUAAUCGAUGUGUGGAUUACAGAGAAACAAGACUUGUAUAAUUAUAUUAAUGUCAAGCCUCCAUUAUUGCUUAAUUUUACAUUUGCCACGCCAGAGAACAAUAAAGUGACACAGGCAUUGUUUGAUGUCCUUAGCGAUAAGUCAAAAUACCCCAAUGGCGAUGAUAAACCAGUGUACUUGGUUAACAUAUUGGCAGACUCUACAGGUGGCAGGGAAUUAAUGAUGGAUUACGUUGUCGGCAGUAAAUUGCCCUGUGUUAUCGUGUUGCAGCAUCAACUACCCGUGGGCAGGUUUGUACCCGAUGUUGCUAAUUUCAGCGAAGAAGAUGUAGUUGAGUUUUUGAAAAGCGUCAAUUGA